AUGUACAAAGCAUACAAGAGGAGGAGAAAAAAGAGGAGAGGCGCCAGUGGUGACGAAGCAGAAACUAGCGCAGACGAGAGCAGGGCAGACCCGGGGACUUGGAAAAAGGCCCGGCAGAAGGCGAACAAGGCGGAGAGGAAGGCUGCGGCGGCGGCCGCGAGCGAGGCCGAGCGUGCGGACUACCCGCACGCGCAGCUGCGCGAGAACGUCAAGUUCGUGAUGGAGGGCUUGGAGGCUGCGACGCAGGCGGCGCGCAACCCCACAGGGUCCAACAUUCAGGUCGCCUACUCGCUGCCUCCCGAGGGGGGCAGCGGGUUCGGCGACCUGGUGUACGCCACGGUCCCUCUGGGCUCCGUGGCGACGAAGGUCGCCCGGGACUGGCUCGCCAACGAGCUCUACGAGCCGUCCCGGCGCGGCAAAAUUGAUGCGGCCUGCAGGGACCGAAAGGUCGCCGACCUGAUCACGGCUGCCGGCGCCUCGGUGCCGGCCGACGCCGUGUUCAGCGGCAGGUUCGCCUCGGGCGAGACGCCCCGCUCGACGACCUCCGCCUCCGAGGCGGACGAGGGCGACGGCGCCGGCGGCGAUGGCGGGACCGGCUUCGACCUGUUCGGGCCGGACCCCACCCCCAUGGAGGACCUCUGA